AUGUAUCCUGAUUUUUUUGAUACAAUAAAUGGGAUGAAGCCAGUGCUAACAUGGGAAGAUUUCAAGAAGACUACCAUAGCUGGGGUAUCAACUGAUAAGAGAGUAUUGGAAGAGCUCUGGGCACUAAAAACUGGCGUUGACCCUGGAAUUGAUGGCGCUUGGCUGCAUAAUCAUGAAUUGAAUCCAGGGACAAAUGAUGGUAGGUUGUGCAACCAGAAUGCUGCUGAUAAAUGGGCACUUGUUGCUAAACAAGGAAUGGACUUUGAUGCAUUAGCUCAGGAAACUGCAACUAACUUGGUUGCAUUCGCUAGAGAGCAUGAGAAAAUUGUUCCGAAUGCAUCUGAUCAUGAUAACAUUGGUGGAGCAGACUAUAGUGGUGAGGAAAAUAUUGGUGGAGUAGACUAUAGUGGUCAGGAAAAUGAAGAUGACAUCUAUGAUUAUGAUGAUGGAGGAUACCAUUCCCAAGAUGAUGGCCAAAAUUACGAGAACAAUGGUGUAGACUUUUCGAUGAUGAUGCUUCCGGUGAUGAGAAGAGAUUAUAUGCAACAUAUGCAGUGUGGCACUUUUAAGUAG